CAUGGCUGCGGCGUCGACUCUGCCGCAGCAGGGCUGUCGCCGUCGCCAUUUGGACAUGCGAUGGAGUUCCUGCCGACGGGGAAGCUGCUGCGUGAGUGGAAAUGGCGAUGAGGCGGAGGAGAGGGUGGUGGUGGUUUUGGGCGCCACCGGCACUGGAAAGUCCAAGCUCGCAGUUGGGCUAGCAAAUGAGUUCGCCGGCGAGGUGGUGAACUCCGAUAAGAUUCAGGUGUAUCGGGGUCUCGACGUCGCCACCAAUAAGAUGCCCGUGGCGGAGCGUCGUGGCGUGGUGCAUCAUUUGCUGGGGGAGCUCGACCCGGAGCAUGGCGAGCUGCCUCCCGCGGCUUUCCGGGAGAUGGCGGCGCGCGCCAUUGCGGGGAUUGCUGGCCGUGGAAUGCUGCCGGUGAUGGCUGGCGGGUCGAACUCCUUCGUACACGCGGCCAUCGCCAGGAGAUUCGACCAGCGCCGGAGCCCGUUCGAGGACUGCCGGGGAAGAAUCGAGGCGGCGGCGCUGCGGUACCGCUGCUGCUUCCUGUGGGUGGACGUAGACGCGGCCGCGCUGGCAGAGAAGCUCGACCGGCGGGUGGAGGAAAUGCUGGCGGAAGGAAUGGUGGAGGAGCUGGCGCGGUACUUCGAGGAAGAGUCCGCGUCGACGGCAGGGAAGCGGAGGCACCUGGGGCUGGGGAAGGCCAUCGGCGUGGCCGAGUUCCGGGAGUACUUCAGGGGGGAGGGACGGGGUACGCCGGCGGCGUACGAGGCAGCUGUGUCGGCCAUUAAGGCCAACACGCGGCGGCUGGCGGAGGAGCAGGUGCGGAAGAUCGAUCGGCUGGGUGGGAUGGGGUGGCCGCUGCGGCGGCUGGACGCCACCGCAACCGUGGCGGGUCCGGCGGCGGAGGCGGAAACGGCGUGGGAGAAGGGCGUGGCGCGGCCCGCGGCCGCAGCAGUGGAGCAAUUCCUAACAGAAAAGGUGGAUCAACAAAACAACACCAUUUUUUUUGCUGGCUGAUUUUUUUAAACAAUUUUUUACAGCUUUUAAAUACAAUCAAAGAGUGCGUAAUAACGGUUUACAAAAGCGUCAGAUAGUAGGAUUGCACGAUCGUAUUAUGAUUCGAACUAUCAAAUUGCUGUGGAUCAUUUAAAAUUAUCUUUUAGGAUGGAAUCGGAACAGAAUAGUUGGGAUUGCUUAGUUUUACUUAAUUUUAUAUGAGAUUACUUUUUUAACCUUUAAACUGUGCCAUCUUUGCGGUUAUUUUUGCGUCGGAUGCCUAAUUGGCACGGCAUACCCUCUAAUUUUAUUUUUUAAUAAAUCAGCCCUUAAACUUUUUCAAUAAUCUAAUUUUAAUUUUGUAAUUUUUUUUCUGAAAAAUUAGCCAUUCAAUUUUUUUAACGAAUUACUUGUGGUUCAUUCAUCAAUUUUUUAAAAAAAAAAAUUGAGAAAACUAUGAAGUGUGCCUCCUGCAUGCCUUUUAAGGGGAUAAAAGGCGCCUAUCACAUGGUGUUCAACCAAAAUCCUGUGACCAUCUUUGUAGUUUCAAGGUGCUGCUUCCUAGGGUGAUCUUCGCCAGAGAAGCCGCUACUGAUGCGUUGCAGUUGCAUUCCGCUGUCGCACCUUUGUUAGACCAGGUUGGGCUAUCACCAUAGGGAACGAAUGUGGUCAAUUCACCACUAGUAAGGCUGUCAUCAUCGUUGGAUGCCAAAGAGGAGGUGGCGAUGACAGGAGCAGUGACCUUCUGUGAAAGAGUGUUGCCAGCGCUAUGCUCUACGGUUUCACUUUAUCUAAUGCUACUAUUGGUAUGAGAUAUGCCGUCUCUUUUAUAUUUUACGCUUUUAAA